AAUGGGUAAACAAUGAUAAGAAGCUGUGGGAAGUAAGCCAAUCGUCAGCCAGGGGGCGUUUCCACAGAGAUUUUUUUUUACCCAGUUGAGUCAAUGCAAGAUGAAAAUGAUGGAGGGUUAAUUGUUGAGUUUGUUAGUCUGAGCUUGUUGGAAUUUGCAUUCUCCUUUUCGGGAAUUUUGUUUUAUUUUUAUUUUUUAAAAGCCGUUAAGUUAUUAUUUACGGAGGGUGUUUUAAAAGUCAGUCAAUGUGGUAGGUGAUAUGCUAGGGAUUGCUUUUUUAAUUGAAGCGGCUGAAGUAGUAUUGAGUACCACAUUAAUUGUAUGGUGAGAAGAUUGGUAAUACCACGUCUUUUAACCGAAGAGGAAUAACUACAUAAAUACAAAUUCCUUUCACAGCCAUGCGUGUUCCUGUCAAACUUGACUGUCAUCCGAACAAGAUGCAUUUAUUUUCCUCGCAUCUGCUUUAAUCAUGAAAAUAUUAUAAGGCAUGCCAUCUCAUCAAGAAACCCAGCUGCGCUAGGAUUUUGUUUUUACAAUACAUUUUUUGUCAUGUUUGUGAAGAAAAUUGAGGAUCUUUAAGCAUUAAAAAUUCAACAUCAGAAAACAAAAGAAUAAUACAGAAAAUCACAGUUCAUCAGUAAACAUGGCUUCUGUGUGGAAAAGAUUGCAACGUGUAGGGAAACAUGCAUCAAAGUUCCAGUUUGUGGCUUCCUACCAGGAGCUGAUGGUGGAAUGUACAAAGAAAUGGCAACCUGACAAACUAGUAGUGGUUUGGACCCGAAGAAGCAGGAGGAAAUCUUCCAAGUCCCACAGCUGGCAACCUGGUAUUAAAAAUCCUUACAGGGGUGUUGUUGUAUGGCCAGUUCCAGAGAACAUUGAGAUCACUGUGACACUUUUUAAGGAUCCUCACGCAGAAGAGUUUGAAGACAAGGAAUGGACAUUUGUAAUAGAGAAUGAGUCCCCAUCUGGUCGCCGCAAAGCCCUUGCUACAAGCAGUAUCAACAUGAAACAGUAUGCCAGCCCUAUGCCUACACAGACGGACGUGAAGUUGAAAUUCAAGCCAUUAUCUAAAAAAGUGGUUGCUGCCACACUGCAGUUCUCUUUGUCUUGCAUUUUCCUGAGGGAGGGAAAAGCAACGGAUGAAGACAUGCAGAGUUUGGCUAGCCUGAUGAGCAUGAAGCAGGCUGACAUUGGCAAUUUGGAUGACUUUGAAGAGGAAAAUGAAGAGGAUGAAGAGAACAGAGUAAAUCAAGAAGAGAAGGCAGCAAAAAUUACAGAAAUAGUAAACCAGUUGAAUGCCCUCAGCAGCUUAGAUGAAGACCCAGAUGACUGCCUAAAGCAAGCAAAUAAGCCUUCCGCUAAAUCAGCCAGUUCUUCUGAAGAACUCAUCAGUAAACUUAAUUUUCUGGAAGAGGAUGACCAAGACAUGUCAAAUAUGGAUCCAAAUCCGUUUGGCGAUCCAGAUGAACCAGGAUUAAAUCCAUUUGGCGAUCCUGAUGAAGACUUUACUGAACCAGCUACCAAUGUUGCUGUUCCACUAAAAGAAGAAGAACCAUACUGUGAUCACGGUUCUUCCAAUCCCUUCAACGAGACGGAGACGGAGACAGACACAGUGCAGUACAGCAACCCUUUUGAUGAGCCUGAGCUUGAACCUGAACCAGACAGAACGAAGGAAACAAAGAUAGAGCAGUCCCCACCAAGACCAGCAAAGAUGAAAAAUGUCCGACCCAUUGACAUGAGCAAAUACCUGUAUGCAGACACAACCAAAAAUGAGGAGGAAGAACUGGAUGAGUCUAAUCCAUUUUACGAACCAAAGGCCUCUCCUUUACAAGAAAGUGAUGUGGACAAAAGGGCUAAGAGGAAGGCACCAGCACCCCCGAUCCCCACACCAAAGAUACACCCUGAAAAGACUGCAAAAUUACCUGCUGCUGUUGGGAAGGAGCUUGCAUCUUCACCAAAGUCAAGCCUGGUCCCGAGCCCUGUUCUGGGGAAGAAGCCAAAUGCCAGUCAGUCACUGCUUGCAUGGUGCAGAGAGGUUACAAAAAACUACAGAGGGGUGAAAAUAACCAACUUCACCACGUCGUGGAGAAACGGCUUAGCUUUUUGUGCGUUAUUGCACCACUUCAGGCCCAAUCUCCUUGAUUAUAAGUCCCUGAAUCCUCAAGAUAUUAAAGAAAACAACAAAAAGGCUUACGAUGGCUUCGCCAGCCUUGGGAUCUCCCGGUUACUGGAGCCCUCAGAUAUGGUGCUGCUGGCCAUUCCAGACAAGUUAACUGUUAUGACCUACCUUUAUCAAAUAAGGGCUCAUUUCAGCGGCGAAGAGCUGAAUGUGGUGCAAAUAGAGGCAAACAGCAGCAAAAGCACCUACAAAGUGGGGGACUUUGAAACAGACACAAACAGUUCCAUUGAUCAAGACAAGUUCUAUGCUGAGCUUAACGAGGUGAACCGGGAGCAAGAGGCACUGCCAUCGAACGGUGCAGAGGCAGAAGUUUCUGCUCAGGAAGAGUCUGUGUUUUUCAGCAACAGUGCAGUCAGUGAGUUGGAAAACGUGUGCAAGACUGCUGAUGCCACUCUGAGCCCUGUCAUGGCAUCACCACCCUCACAUAGGACGAAAAAUGACAGUGAUCCUCCAAGACAUCAUCCAAGCACUACUGGAAACUCUGCAGCCGAGGACCUGUGUAAAUAUGACAGUACAGAUAUAGCACAAGCACAGCCGUCAUUUGGCAAAAUGAGACUGCUGAAAGCGGACACUUUAGACUUGAGCGACUUACAGCAUGUCAGCGAUCAAAAGAAGGAUGCAUCUCCAAUGCUCUUGUGUGAAGUUCCUGAAAAGGAGAGACUCAGAAGUUCAAGAAAUGCUAGCAGCUGCUCUGAGCAGGAGAGGCCUAGGCUUCAGGGAGUAAUGGAGGCCCAGAGCCCAGAACCCACAUCCCCUGUCAAGAGAGCAGGGCCCUCUCCCUCUCACAAGCUUGGGUUCUCUUACAACAGGGACGCCGAUCUCAUCAAAAAAAAGCGUGCCACUCUGAGGCACUCUGAAUCCGAUGUCACUUCAGAUGCCAGUUUACCACUGAACCACGCAGAUCACUCAGUAAAAACUGUGCAGGUUACCUCCACCCAGCAAUCAAAUGUCACUGAAGAAAAGAUGUUAUCCCGACAAGAGGAGCUUAAAGAGAGGGCUAGGCUUCUGUUGGAGCAAGCAAGGAGGGACGCAGCUUUGAAAGCAGGAAAUAAACAAGUGACAACCAAUUCAUCCACACCAACCCGCAGCAAGCAACUAACUGAUCAGCAAGAUGAAGAGCGACGUCGUCAGCUGAGGGAGAGAGCUCGUCAGUUAAUAGCAGAAGCUCGAUCUGGUGUGAAGAUGUCAGAACUUCCCAGCUACAAUGAAAUGGCUGCAGAGAAGUUGAAAGAAAGGUCAAAGGCAUCUGGAGAUUUUGGUGACGAGGAUGGUGUUGAUCAUGGUGAGGAUGAUGAUCAUAAUGUAGAUACUAAUGAUGAUGAGGUUAGCCCUGUAUGCUCCUAUGCAGGAGAUGGAGAUGAAUUUACUAACCUAAAAAGGGACCUUGAUUCUCUUGGUGGACACAACAGCAAGCAUGUGGAUCUCAAACUCAAGAAGCUCCUGGAGGCUCGUCCUCAGGUAGUAAAUACUCUCUCGACCGCUGCUGCACAGAAAGUCACUGAUGAUGGUACAGAACAGGAAGAACUUAAGAACAAUACAGAAGAUAAUCGCACCGAGAGAUUGCGAAAAGCAACAGAACGGUUGCGAAGUCCUGUAAUGUUCAAUAAGGACUCCACAGUGAGGAAAACACAGCUCCAGUCUUUCAGUCAGUAUGUUGAAAACAGACCAGAGGUAAAAAAGCAAAGAUCUGUACAAGAAGAUUCAAAGAAAGCAAAUGAGGAGAGGGUGCCAAUAAAUGAAACUGAGUGGAAGCCGUCUGAAGAUGAAAAAGGGUUCAAAGACACCAGUCAGUAUGUAGUUGGAGAAUUGGCAGCACUGGAGAGUGAGCAAAAGCAAAUUGACACCCGGGCCGCGCUGGUGGAGAAGCGCCUUCGCUAUCUCAUGGACACAGGCAACAAUAAAGAGGAGGAAGACGCCAUGAUGCAGGAAUGGUUUAUGUUGGUAAACAAAAAAAACGCUUUGAUCCGAAGACAGAAUCAGCUUUCUCUCCUGGAAAAAGAACAUGAUCUUGAGAGACGGUUUGAGCUGCUGAACCGGGAGUUGAGAGCGAUGCUUGCAAUCGAAGACUGGCAGAAAACUGAGGCUCAAAAGAGACGAGAGCAGCUUCUGCUGGAUGAACUUGUUAUUUUGGUUAACAAGCGAGAUGCACUGGUCAGGGACUUAGAUGCCCAGGAAAAACAGGCAGAAGAGGAGGAUGAGCAUUUGGAAAGAACUCUGGAACAGAACAAAGGCAAAAUGGCAAAAAAAGAAGAGAAAUGUGUCAUUCAGUAAUUAUCAACUCUGCAAAACCAAUGCCAUCGCUUGUCUUUAUUAUCGUGACUAUUCAAAGAUUUGAACCAAGUAUGUGAACCUAGGUAAUCACAGUUUGGUUCAGCAUUGUGUAACAUGUUCUGUCAGUGGUUUUAAAUGGCCCCUUGUAUGCAUUACACCUGUUACUAUUGAGUUCCAGGGGUUUUUAUUUAACAAAAAAAAUAGGUACGUUGUAUGUACAUUCAGUCAUAAAAACUCAGUUGAAAUGUAUAUGGUCAUAUAGAAAUUCGGUCAAGUUGAUUGCAUAUCCAGGAUAAUAAGUAAUUAUUAUAUGUGGUCAAGAUAUAGAUUGUGAAUCUGACCUAGAGGAGCUGAAGAGAAACAUGUCAUAAAUAUUAUUUGUUUUUAUUUAUUUUUUUUAAAGUCACAACAUUCAGUGUUGAUUUUUAACUUUUUUUUUGCUUCAGUAUUUUUUACCCCAUAAAAUAAGAAUUGUUGUUCUAGUUAAAAUCCUUAGAAUUGUUUUAACUUCCUUGCUGUAAUUAUUAAAAGUAUACAGCUAUUGAAAGACAUUAAAAGACUACAAACCAAAAAUGCAACGGCCAUGUUGUAUGUGAUUACCAAUGCUGGUGUGAACUAUGGGGGCUGAGAAACUUGCAACAGUUUUCUUUAAAAUAAAGUAAAAAGGACACCAUGUCAGAAAUAAUUAUUUAUUACAGUGUUUCCAUACUUGAGCUACAUGUAAAGUAAUUGUAACAUCUUUAUCAUGUACAUUUGCUUAAGGACUUUUGUUAAUAUUUAUUGUAUACUAAAAAAAAAAGUUUUCAUGUGCAAAUAUCCAUGGCAAAAGUUUUACAUCUGGUGCAGCUGUAUUUGUGUGGAAACAGUUAUCUGUUUAUUUAUUCCAGUGUCAUAUAAUGAGUCAUUAAUAAAAUCGAAAUACUUUCCUACUGCA